CCUCCAGCCUCCAGCCUGCUGCCUCCCUCUCUGUUCACACGGCAAGGUCUUGAGCCACUAGAUGCGGCGUGGACGUUCAGCAGGCCAGGGUAGGUCUGAAUCAACCCGUAGCAGCACUACUGCCGAAGCUCGUCCUGCACGUCAGGGCGGCAGCAAUAGAUCCGGUGCGGCGGAGGAUAGUGAGGAAUUGCCGGCGUGGAAGCGGCAUCUGUCCUUCCGCGGGCAGCCGUACCGGUAUGCCCACCACCAGAAUGGGGUGAUGGGCCACUUUCAGGUACGAGUCGUGGCCGCCUCCGAGAUUUCGGAGCCGGACUGGUCUCGUGUGACGGGCAACCUCAACAUCAAUGCCAUUGCUGGCAGCGGGUCGGGCACAGGGAGCGCUCUCCCCUACGUCGCUGUGUCCCUCGGGAAAUACACCGUAAGGAGCUCGGCUCAGGAGGCGCAGCCGGACUCUCUCGGGACCAUGCGCGCCUCAUGGCCGCGGGGAAUGCUGUCGGUGGAGGUGAUGAAGGGGGGCAUCCGGCCCGGCGAACUCCCCCGGCUUGCCGUUCAGGUGUACAACCAAGAUAGCAUCGUCCAAUCGGUGCUGAGCUCGGCCGUGAGCACGGUGAUGGGGUCUCGGGGAAGCCUACUUGGGGCAGGGGAGCUGGAUGUGUCUUCGCUUCUCUCCGGCGGGGCACACCUUAUCGACACCUGGAUAGAGCUCGAGCCGAAAGGGCGAGUACAUGUUCACGUGGAGUACGAGCCGAAGGGCAUUCAGCCGGAAAAAAACGACGUCGUGUUUCUCGAGAGCUUUGCGAGGUGGGGCGACAGUCUCGUGAUACCCCCCGGCGUUCCGAUGGUGGUGUUGGACUGCAAGCCCCCCUUCCUGCUGGUCGCGUUCGAAACCUUCACGGGGAGAGAGGGGCGGGUAAGGCUUCACCGCAACACUGUCUCGGUGGUGGAGAGGCUCAGCUGGCUCGACGUGUCGCUGGCCAUGCUUGCAAGGCCGGUGGACGCGCUUCUGAGAACAGAAACCGGAAGUUGGUGCGUCCGAAAGUCUCGCCCUCUGCUGCAGCCCUUGAUCGUGAUGGUUGCGCCCCUCCAGGCGUCUCUGCUGGUGGCGUUUUCUGCGCUAAAAGUUGCCUUGAAAGGCGUGCUUAUGGGCACCCAUGCAGUCUAUCAGGAGGCUGUUGUAAACAAUUGAGUGGUUUUGUGAUUGUCUCUUUCUUGUGAGAACUGUGCGGUGUGGCUCGGCUUGUGAGAACUUUGUGGUGUGGGUCGGGUCCUGCUGUGUGAAUGUUUGGAACUACUUUGUUGUGCUGCUGCUGUAUUGGCACAUACGUGUGAAUUGCUUUCGGGUUGUCGCUAUUGGUUGGAUGUACAGAUGGUGUUGCUGCUUCUGUGUUGGUGUUCCCCGGGAAAAUAUGCGUCACAGUAGACGCAUAUUGAAAAUGUAUUUUCCCGGGCACGGAUAUCUUGCCCGUUUUUAGGAAUGUUCGGUUGCUGGUGACAUGCGAUGAAGUGCAUGAUCAAAGAGGCUGGGAUGUAUUUCACAUCACGCUCCCAAGAGCGUUUGGCCGCAGAUGUUUUUCACCUUUGUGAACUGAAUGACACAAACACGGGUUGUCUCCCCUGUUACCUUGGGCGUGCGAUCUCUUUUUCUGCGAGGCACGUUUCAGUUGCGGCGUAAGAGGACGACUUGGCAAACAAACGGUUUGGUUGACGAUGUAUACCAGGU